CACCAUGUCUCUGAACACCUCUGUGCCCGUCCCCAUCCUCAAAUCUGCCAAAGAUGACAGACGUCUUUGGACACUCGAUGCCAUCAUGGACAACGUCAGCAUCGUCCUCUACACGCUGACCGUCAUCCUCGGCAUCACAGGGAACUCCGUGGUGAUCUGGGUGGCUGGAAUCAAGCUCAGGCCAAAGGUCACCAAUGUGUGGCUGGUGAACCUGGCGAUCGCUGACCUGAUCUUCUGCUUCACCAGGGUUUUCUCCCUCAUUAAGAAGCUCUUCUUCGACCACUGGCCCUUUGGCAUCUUCCUCUGCAAGUUCAACGGCUUCUUUAAGUACGCCAACAUGUUCUGCUCGGUCUUCCUGCUGGCCGUCAUCAGUCUGGACCGAGUCCUCUGCGUCUGGCUGCCCGUCUUCUCGAAGCGGCGCCGUACCCUGUUCGCUGCCAGGAUGGUGGCCGUCUUCAUCUGGACCACAGCCAUCCUCCUCAGCACUCCGUACUUCAUCUACCGGCAGGUCUACGUGGGCAAGAACAACCUCAGUAAGUGUUCGGUGGACGUGAAGCUGGCGGCGGAUGGCGACAACGUCACCAGGGCCGCCCUCUACUCCAUCCGCUUCCUGUGCGGCUUCAUGUUGCCUUUUAUGGUCAUCCUCAUCUGCUACAUUCUGGCCGGCCUCGGCAUCCGACGCACCCGCCUGGUGGGGAAGUCCCGCCCCCUUCGUAUAUUGGCGUCGCUGGUCGUUGCGUUCUUCCUGUGCUGGGCGCCGUACCACUGCCUCCUGCUGGUGAAGAUGGUGGACAACAAGAACCCGGUGGUGAAGAUCUGGCACCCUCUGGCGAAGGGCAUCGCCUACUUUAACAGCUGUGUGAACCCGCUGCUGUACUUCUGCAUGGGGCUGGAGGUGAGGGGGCGCCUCAGGCAGAGUCUGACGGGCGUCUACAGGAGGGCGUUGGCGGACGACGUGGACGGACGGACGACUCAGUCCAACGACCGAUCAUUGGACGACAGCUCCGGGUCGAAGCACAGUACUGUAGCGGUGACAGGAAGGAGACAGUCGGCAGUGAACGUAGCUAAAGUUUAACUUCCUCCCCGAGCUUAAAGGACCGUACAGGUUGUAACCCCUGAAGUCCAAUCAGUUUCUGGGUGUUUUUUUUUUUUUUUGCUGUGUGCUCAUUUUUCAUUGCAAUAUAAAGUCCUGCACAUGUAUGGAAACAGCACAACCAUGGGAAGGAGUAGAGAGAGUGUUUUCUAAAGUGAUAAUACCAUAAAACAGAAAAAAAAAGGUGCACUUUUUGACCAACGUUUGUCCACAGGUGACUUUACAUACUCUAGAUCAGGGGUGUCCAACAUGAGGCCCGUGGUCCAAAAGUGGUCCUCCAGAGGGUCCAAUCCGGCCCUCAAAGUGUAAAAAUUACAGAGAAGACAUUAACUGCAGAUUGUAAAUUAGUAAAACUAUAAAUUUAAAAUCAUUUCUAGACCAUGACAAGUUGUUUGGAUCAGGAAGUAAAAUACUGGAUUGUUCUUUUGUCUUUUGUGUCUCAUUUUUGUAAUAUUUUGUCUGGUUUUUGUUGUUUUCUUUCUCUUUUAUGUCAUUUUGUGUUUCUUUUUGUCUCGUUUGUGUUUCUUGUCCUUUUUGUGUCAUUUUGUGUUUUGCUUUAUUCAUUGCUUUGCAGAUCGUUUUGGCCAUUUUUUGUCCGGUUUGUGUCAUUUCUUGUCUCGUUGGUCCUAUUUUUUGUCUCUUUUUGUUUUAUUUUGUGUUGUUGUCUCAUUUUUUGUCAUUUUGUUUCUUGCUUUUAUUGUUUUCUGUCUCAUUUUUGUAAUAUUUUGUCUUGUUUUUGUUGUUUUUCGUCUUUUUAAAAGUAAAAUCCUCUGUGGUUCAGUUCCAGGUGACUAAAUGUUGUGUUCCUUUGUAGACACUCUGUGAUCUGGAAGUUGUAAUGUGGAAAUGAUAAACUGAGGCAUAAUGUUGGUGAAAUUGAAUUAAUUUUUCUUAACUAAUUUCCAUUUAUUCAUAAUGUUUUGUGAGACGAUAGUUCCUUAAUAUUUUCAGAACGUACAUUUUUCCACUAAAACAAAGGAACCAUUAGAAGUUGUGGUUAUUUACAGGUUGUAAUGCUGUGGAUUUACUGGUUUUACUGGUCCGGUCCACUGGAGAUCAAACUGGACUGAAUGUGGAACCUGGACUAGAAUGAGUUUGACUCCCCUGAUCUAGAUAUUUCUCUGCUUCCAUUUCUAAUUCUUUCCAUCUCACCAAACAUGUGAGAUGCUCUAAACACCAAGUACCAACGCUCAGUGUUUGUUCAGUUCUGUUAUCAUGAAUUCAUAUUGCAGCUGUGAGCAGCAGGGGCUUUUGUGAAACUCCCUUUUGCAACAUUUUGAUGCAAAAAACAACAAACUGUCAUCAUUAUUGAGGGAAACUGUGGCUUCUGGAGGAACUCACUUUGUUUCGCUGUUUUGUGGUCAGAAGUGACAGGACUUUUACAAGGCGCUUCUAUUUAUUAUUAUUGAUUAUUAUUGUUAAGAAUAUGAGCAGUAAGAGCCCCAUGGAGUUGUGGAAAUGACUUUAAGAGGAAGAGAGAUGUUUUUUUUGAGUAAUAGCUGCAGAAUGCUGAGUAAAGUUUGUGAUUUUGUGUGAAUCACCGAUGAAUCAGCCUGAUUCAUGCAUCAAUAUCAGCUGAAUUUGCACAUUAUCCAUGGUGACGAGACACAAAAAAACAUAGAAAUUGAUGACAAAAAUGCUGUAGCAACGUGUAAAUAUUUUAGAGACCUGCAAAAGGUCUCUGAAGUCUUGCUCAGAGAAACUAAACUUAACCCUGAAGGUAGAUUAUCCGUAACUGAGCUGAUCAAUGCAAUAGUUUUAUGCAGAAAAAUGACCAUGCUGAGUUUCAGAGUUGUGAAAAUAUCUCUGCUUGCAGCAAACAAAACCUUUUUUUGGUACAUAAUUAGUACAAAAGUGGCAAUUACAUAAAAAUCCCUAAUGUGGUCCUUUAACACGAUUCUUCUUUCAGUUUAAACUCUUCAUCUCAAACACAUUAAAUGGUCGUUUAAAGAGGAAGGUGCUAAGUGUUGUUUUUAUUUAUUCAAAGUGCUUCUUCUAAACCAUUUGUUGUAGAUAUCUAAAUUCAUCUUCUGUUUUUUUUUGUCCAAACUGCUGACCUUUCAGUGAGCAGACUGACUGGAUGGAGGUUCUUAAUGUGGAGAUAAAUGGAGCUCACAUUCACAUUUUCCUGUUCGGUUGUGCUUUUCAUGUGAUUAAGUGUUACAAGUGGAACUUCUGCGAGUCUGGAGGACCGAGAAGGAAGUGAAACUAUUUAAAGGAAAGACGGUAAUAACUCCGGUCGUGACUUUGUCUUGGGUAAAGAGGUCACACUGAAGGUCGGGUGAACUGAAACUCUGCAGAACAUUGGUUGUUUUUUUAACCCUACAGACAGUUUCUGGGUGUUUUCUUUGCUCCUGUCACAUUUUUUCCUCACUGUCUGCUCAUUUUUUCAGUCUUGCGUCUCCAUGGAAACACCACAACCACGACUGGAAGAAGAGAGAACUCAGAAAUGUGCAGUUUAGCCAAGUUUUAAUGUCAUAGAUCACAAAAAAGCGGAAGAGGAAAUGUGAAUUUGUUUGAUUAUUUGUUAUAUAAAAAUUGAAAAACUGCAAUCAGCAUAUUCAGUAUUUCUCCAAAAUUGGUGACGUUUCCUACGAUGGAUCUCUGAUCACUGCUUUGUGUAAACUGCUUUCUCAGCAUUUUUUUUCUUCAUGACUUCCUGUUUGUGCCAAGGAGGACAAUUUUGUUGUUGUUGUUUGCUGCAUAACCUGGUUUGUGUAUGUGGCUUAUUUCUGACAUUUUUUAAAAUGGGACAUGUAGAAUGAAGUAAUUUUGAUAAAAUAUGAUAGUUUUUCACUUAGAUUUGAUUAUUUUUCCCAUCAGGACUUUCUGAAAGUUAAACAUCCAAUAAUCUGUUCCUGUUUUAACACUUUCUGUCUCUGAUGAAUGGUGUUAUUUUGCAGAUGUAAAAAGACAACAUUUAAUAUGUAAAACCUGACAAGCCACAAGAUUUGAUAAGCAGCUACUUUGCAUGUAUAUUUUUGUGACUGUAAGGUAACUGUAACCUCAGACUUUUAUGGCCGACAUGCUUACAAAGAGUAGAAUUAUAACCAGGAAACGCUUCUGAGCAGCGUGGGUCCUUAGCAACCAGCCCAUAAAGCACAUCUGUACAGCAUUUACUCUGCAGAUUAAUCACACAUCAUUUGAUUAACUGUUUGUACGACAAGACUGUUUAUAUUAAACUCAUAUUUCUGUGUUACAUCUAAAAUUCACCGUGAUCGGAGGUGAAAUACGCUCAGUUAUGUUCUUUAUGAAAUAAUCCAUAACACAGGAUGUGUUAUGGAAUAAAUGAUUAUAAAGACAAGCUGUAAUGUGAAACUAAAAGCUAUUAAACUGUUUAAAGAUGAUCAAGAGAGCGUUGGAUGCUUUCUGGUGGUUGAAAGAUGCAAAUAAAGGUCAGUUAUUGGA